ACGCGUUGAAUAGGCAAGCCAGGCACGUCAGAACGCUGCGUGGACGUCCCCCACCAGUAGUUUUGUAUUAGUGACUGGCUAGCUAUCCAGGAACGUUAACUGUGAUUAACGACGUUCGCACCAAUACGGCCGAAAGGAGAACGAUUUGACUCAUUUAUUUCAUAGUUAUUAAGACCGUAUGGAUACGGUUAUUAUUUCUUGUAAGGAUUCUGCUGAACCGUGAAGACGGCGCUGCUUUGCCCCGCAAGUGCUCCUAGCAAGGGGAUUGGAGACCUUUCAUUUCCGAGUUUUCGCAGCAGCAGUGUGGUGGAUGGGACCCUGAGUUGUGAGGUCAUCAGAUCGUGGCCCGCAGGGGGUUGUGGGAGAGGCACGUCCGUCACCACACUGGACUGGAGGGAGGAGCUGAAUGCAUGAGAUGUGAAUCUACAAGUUACUGCAAAGCUACCGCCUCCUCUCACAGCGAACAUAGGACACCACCACCCAACCUGCUGCUGUCAGCCUGGAGGGCUGCAGCCAUGCACCUCAAGCCAUACCCCAAACUGCAGGAGAAAGAGUUCCACCUGGAGUCCAGUCAGGACAGCCAGAGAGGCCUUCACCAUAUGAGCCAGCAGGGGGCCCUGUCUCUGAGAACAGAGUGGGGGGUCCGUCCAGCCCUGGUGGGCUCGUCUAGCAGCGGGCUCGGCCCGGGCACGGCCCGGUCCCCCCUUAGUGUCAUAUCCACCAACACCCUGUGCUGCAGUGACAACAGUAAUAGUACCCACGGCAACAGUGAUAGUGUGCUGCAGACCUCAAGGCUGAGUGUGUCUGGGGGAAAUGUAUUCCACAGUAGUACAACCUGGGCUCGGAGGAAAACCUCCUACACCACCACCUCGUCCCUGCUGCUCCUCCCCACCUCUACAGGCUCGGGGGGAUCUGAGAACCAGGAGGCCUCCCUUGGCGUCUCCUACCAGGGGGAGGACGGAGAUGGACCGCUGGACAUCUGGGCUGUCAUCAAGCCCGGCAACACUAAGGAGAAAAUCGCCAUCUUCGCCUCGCCCCAGUGCCGCGGCGGCCUCGUGAAUGGUGACUGUGGAGGAGAGCCGGUCAGGGAGGCGCGUGAGGGAGACUUGGUGAGCAGCAUCUCAGUGAGGCCGGUGUCUGUGAAGAUGAAAAGCUGUUGGGAGGACGAGGGUGGCUCUGUGGCCAAGCGCAGGAGGAGGUCAGGGCAUCGGGGCCACCACCAGGACAGAGACAGACAGUCACCCAGAGCCCUAGAGAGACAGAGCCCACUGAGUCUCAACAAGAACAGCCCUGAAGAGGUGACCCUUGGCGAGAGCCCUAGAGUGCCUGAGUGUGGGGUUGUAGGGGUGGGUGGGGAGCAGGUAUGUAGGGUAGAGGGCGAGGAGGGGAGUGAGACUGGGACGGGCAAGGCUCUCUCUGUGGUGGAGUUGGUAGCCGCCUUGGAGCAGAGAGCCAGCGACAAGCAAGGGGACUCUAAGCCUGUCUCUCUGCGGAGCUCCACUAGCAUUACCUUAUCCAGGGGGCUGUCGCUGACCCAAGAGCCCCAGCAGCCCAAAGACCCAGACCAGAGCCCCCAGGGGACCGAUGAGGAGGCAGAGUGUGUAAAGGUGUCGGACAUGGUGGCCAAGCUGGAGUCAGAGUGCCUGAAGCGCCGGAGUGUUCCAAGGGAAGGGUCCGGAACUGGGGGAGAGCUGUCCCGCAACAACAGCCUGCGGAGGAGGGUGGGCCGGGUGUUACUGGCAGGAGCAGACGCCUGCUCCAUCUCAGACCAGCCACCUCCGUCUCCCACCGGGCCCCAGCACGGACUAGAGGAGACCACCGGGGUGCAGCACCUCCACGCUAGUCCCUCUGAGGGCCGUCCCUCUGUUAGCACCAUCCACACGGUCAAACUAGUUCCCAGCAGCUGCCAUGAAGCUUCCCGUUCCUCUGACCCAGCUUCUCCGUCUCACAGUGUGGACUCUGGGUGUGGAGCCUCCGUCCACGCUGUCAGAGAGCCAGAGGAGAUGUGUGAGUCCCAGGGACAGCAGGAGGGGAGCAGGGUCAUUGAGGCUGGGCAGGAUCUGUACUUCCAGCUCCAGUCAGAGCGGGCCAGCAGCAGUCUACAGAGUGAGGAGCCCCUCCCAGGCAUGCUGUUCUUCUCACACCCUCUGCCCUCACAGCCGGCGCUAGAACAACACACACUCCUACACCCAGACAGUACUCGCACCCAGGACACUGAGUCCAGCCCUCAACUCACCAGAGACUUAGCGGAACCCUCCAAGACUCAGCCCUGCGACCCUGCUAUCACCUCCCUCCUCCCUGAAACCAUAUCGCACAGUGAGAACUGGGCCAAAGAGGAGGAGGAUGAGAGGGAGAAGGUGGUGAGUGAGGGAGAGGGGAGUGCUUUUAGCCAGUGCGAGACCGUGCCUUUCCCCCUGCGCCGCCUGGUGUCUCACGAGUUCCUGGAGAUGCGCUUUAAGAUCCAGCUGCUCCUGGAACCCCAGCAGUACAUGGCCUUCCUGCCCCACCACAUCAUCAUCAAGAUCUUCUGCCUGCUGCCCACAGAGAACUUGGCAGCGCUUAAGUGCACCUGCCACUACUUCAAGUUCCUCAUUGAGAGCUACGGCGUUCGACCCGCAGACUCCCGCUGGGUGUGCGACCCCCGCUACAAAGACGAUCCCUGCAAGCAGUGUAAAAAACGGUAUGGGCGCGGGGAUGUGUCCCUCUGCCGCUGGCACCACAAGCCCUACUGCCAGGCGCUGCCCUACGGCCCCGGGUACUGGAUGUGUUGCCAUGGCUCCCACAAAGACACGCCCGGCUGCAACGUCGGUCUCCAUGACAACCGCUGGGUGCCCGCCUUCCAUAGUAUCAACAUGCCAAUCUAUAAGAAACCCAGGGCGGUCACUGAGGAGUAGUGGGAUAGACAAUGGGAGAAAAAGUGACGUGACUUCUGUGUGCUUUAUUUUGCCAAUGAGGGCUUUGUGUGCGUGUCUGUGUUGCCGUAUGCGCAUGUGCAUUUAUUUGUGGGGAGUGUCUGACCAGGUUGCUGGUACUGAUGAGGAAUCACUGGAUCUCUUCCUUUACCCCUAACCACUGACCUCUAACCCCCCCUCACGUCCUCUGAGAUGGGCAGCACUUUAAGCCUGGUCAUAAUUCUCAAUCUUCGACGGAUUCUGACAGGGUAUUCUAUUUACUUCAAUGUGUUGGGUUAAAACAUCUGCUUCUGACCAGAGUGUGUUGAAGAGAGGAGCUUUGUUUCAGAUUUCUCUUCAGUGUUGAUGCUUAAUGUGUCUCCUUGCCCACAGCCAUGUCUCCUUGCUUAUGCAUUAACCAAUACGUUGGGAUAGCUAUUUUAGUCAAGGUAAGCCUAUCAACGUUAUGCAGUAUACCCCACCCACAAGUGUGAUUUACAAAGUGUUAAUGUGGUGUUAUCUAAGUGGAUACAUACAUUGCUGCAGGUCCCCGGUUUAUGCAAAAUGUGAAUCGACCCCAUCCAUAUCCUGUCCCAAAUGGCACCCUAUUCCCUAUGUAGUGUACUACUUUUGACCAGGGCCCAUAGGGUGCCGUUUGGGAUGUGGAGUUUAUAUCCCAACUCAACUGUAUCAGUCUCCGGGUCAGAGGGGGAAAGGGUUUUGUCUGUAUCUGGUUUGAUUGGAGUAAGUUUGUUCUGAGCCCGGUUGUGGUUACAUUGUACGUAGUGCUACAGAGUCCUGUAUCAAAAACAAAGUGAAGAUUGGCAAGCAGCACGAGUAUCUAUGACUUGAAUGCAUUUAUCUUCAGUUUGGUAAAAAAAAGUUUAUUUUGACCCCGUCAUGUAUAUAUUUAUGAAUUAUUAUUAUUGGGUGUUUUACAAUGGGUCCCAGAUGUAUAACCCAUAUGCUUAUCGGCCGCUCUUGGUGCAUUAUUCUCAACAAUUUUUAAUGUGCGUCUGAAAUGGCACAGUAUUCCCUAUAUAGUACACUACUUUUGACCAGAGCAAUAGGGCUGGUCAAAAGCAGUGCACUAUAAAUGGAAUAGAGUGCCAUUUUGGACAAGUGCUCAUCCCUCCUUUUUAUGAUGCUGAUAGUUCUUGAAGGGAAACAUUUCUGGAGAAGUUCCCCUGUGUCUUUUCUUUACAAUGAUGAACUGGACAUGAUCUAAGGAAAAUAAUCAGGGUUGAUUGCAAAGGGGGAGAAAAAUGGUCUCUAAAAAUAGUUUGCCUCCAGAUAUUUUUGAAAACAGUUUGUUGUAUAAUAUUCCAGCUGUACUCUGUCUGCAAAGGCAUUUUACGUCAAUAAAGUGCAUUCAUUCUGAGGUUAACUGUCAUAACCCACCUUUCCUUCUCGUGGUGUCUUUAAACUGAAAGGAAGUGUAAAGGUUACAACACAAAAUGGAAUAUUGUUCUUUACUGAAUAUUCAGGGUUAGACUAAAUGUAUAUUAAGGGUCUCCAGCCUUAAUUGUCACCCAUUUCUAUUAUUUAUCACUUCUUGUUGUCGUUGACAUACGUCAAUGUUGUUCACAACUUAAGGUCUAUACUGUAGAGCUGGUGGGCUUGCCUUUCAUUGGGCCGAGGGGUAUUGUUUGGGUCCAGGUGUGUUGGGGAAAGAGCACAGACACGCACAACCGAUUUAUAAAAGCUAAAUAAAUAUGUAUUCCUUGCUGUGUGAGAAAUUACUUCCUAGAAGUUGAUAUUAAUCAUCUCAAACAUUUGAGGGAAAUUUCCCCCUUUGUCAACUUGAUCAUUUAAUACCAAAAUGGCAGUCCUCCGACAAAGGGUCUGGAUUGUCCACUUGAAAAGGCAGAGUGAGAUGAGUAGGCAAUGUAUCAAUUGGUGCUAAUAUGAAGACUAGCAUGGAAUUGUCUGUCAUGUCAGUGCCUCCUGAAAUGGUGUGUUCACAUUUACAUGCUCUUUCGUUUCUUUCUUCAUUCGGUGACCUUUUGAAUUCACAACAGACAGUAGGGAAUGAAUAAGACUUGGCAAUAAAAUGCAUGAAAAGA